UACAAAAAAUGACAAAGGACAAUCUCAAUUGUUUAAUUGCGGUUUUCAAGUGCGGUAAAGUGUGAGUAGGAUGAACAAUUUACGUUGAUCUUUUGUUGACGCUCGUGCACAUAUAUAUUUGCGAGCAUCGUUUGUCCUUAUUUAACAUUUAUUAGAUAAACAAAGAAUGAAAUGAAAGAGCAUCGCGAGUAAUUGCGAGCGUCAAUUCGUCAAGUGGUGGAGCAUGCAGUCUCUACUUUCGUUUUUUAUAUUUAGGCUUCUCGCUCUCUUUAUCUUCAAGGCCUACUUAUACAUUUAGAGAGUGCAAGUAAAAGCAGGUAAAAGAAACUUAUAAGAAUGAGUCUACUGUCUAGUCCAGCGACUCUCGUAGUUCGUAGUGUCGACUGUCGUAAUUGCGAAGUGAGGAAACACAUAACACACGUUCUCUUUUAGAGUAUCAGAGCAGAGCAAAUCAAUCAGGGUGUUCCGAAAUUCAUUGAAAGAUAACGUGGAAAUUAAUCCGUUGACGGCAGUUGACGGAACGUACGUCGGUCGUCGGGCACGAAAGCGAAACCACACGAAACGAAUGGACACGAAUUGGCACGAAUACGUGCCGCUUCCGAGAUGCGAUUCAUGCAACAGCUCGUAUCGUAUUUUUACCGUGCGUACAGGUGUUGCGCGACGCGAACGCGAAUGACGCGAUGCAGUUGUACUCGUUCUCGUUCGUGAACGGCCUGAUAGAGUGGCGGAGGCGGACUACGUGAAUUCGGUGAAUUCUGAUCAAUUCUAAAAUCUAACCUCGGUCGAACUCGCGUAUCCUUGACGUGACGACAGUGCAGUAGCUGACAGGUAUCAGCUGUUCCAGUAAAUAAACCGCGCGUCGACGAUGGACGACGUGGAGGAUACCGCGCGAGACGACCCGGGCCGGGCCGGGCCGUCCGACGAGGACGUGGAGGACGUCAGCGAGUCGGACGACGGCAGCGAGUAUUCGUCGCGUAGCGAGGGUGAAUUCAACUGGUACGUUAUGUCGGACUCGAUUCUCCUGAGCAUCUUCCAGUACCUGACGCCGAGGGAAUUGCUGACCGCGGGCGAGGUGUGCCAAUCGUGGUUCAGAGUGUCGCGCGAUGAGUUCCUCUGGAAGUAUUUAUUUUAUCGCACGUACAAGAUAGAUCCGGACGUCGGCAUUGUGCCAGGAAAAACCUCCUGGUUGGGCGAAUUCAAACGCUUGACAUAUCACACUCCAUUGAUAGAAACUGAAGUUCUUAAAGAACAUUCACAUCAGGUCUUACACGUGAGCUUUUCUCAUAAUGGCAAAAUGUUUGCAACCUGUUCAAAAGAUGGAUAUAUUCUUGUAUGGCAAAGUCAGUAUCCUGUUACCAUAAAAUAUUGGCAUGAUAUGAAGACGUUUAGUUGGAAAUAUACACAAUUUUCCCAGUUUAAUUGUACAGAUACGUUACUUCUUGUGUCUGGUGUCCAUUUUGGUACACCCCAUAGUACUUCGGGUGAAAUAGCAGUAUUCAGAGUAGCACCUGGAUUUGAUCUCCAGUGUAGAGUAGUGAAUAAGCCGUAUGACAUAUUUGGUACAUGGUACAGUGAACGUUACCUUUUAAGUGGAAAUCUACAUUGGUUGGCACAUUUGGUUAGUACUAGCGUAGUUUGGCUCAAUAAGGCAAACCAGGAAUCAGCUAGCGAACAUGUGCCUAUUAUGACGCAACUCUUUAGGUUCUAUAACGGAAAUGCUUCCUCGAUUAGAGCGAUUAUGGUUGCAAAUUGUUUAGCACCUGCUCCAGCUGAAUCUACAGAACAACAGAGCCAACCAUCUUCCUCAAAUACAAAGGAAGAAAAAGGAAAUCCACCAAGUCACAAGGAUUUGUUGUCUCCUUCAGGCGAAUCUAACAGCUCGCAAAGUCAAGAAGAACCAAUAUACUACAUUUCAUCAUCAAGAAUACAAUAUAGUAAAUUAGAAGGUGCAUUUUCGAAUUGGAAGAAACUUGGUGAUGGUUUCGAAUAUGCUAGUCCUAUACAAUACAAUCAGGAAUAUAGGCAGGUUGAGAUGCAGAAGAAGGCACACGAAAGCGAUAGCGAAAGUGAGAAUCCGCAAUGGGAGGAGGAGGAGAGCGAGUCUGGAGAAUCUUCAAUAACCGAGGAAUGUGAUACAGACGAGUUAGCCAAUAAUCCCGAAAAACUUCUUAUCUUUACAACUGGCUCGAAAACAUAUACUCCGCAUAAAGUUGGUUUUAAGAGGAUCAAAUUAGUUACUUUCCCACGAAGAUUGGAUCCGGGACCAUCACUGCGCGAGAGAAUAGCUCAACAAAAGAGGGAACGAGAGAGACAAAAUACUCCGUCAGUAGAAGAUUGGUUAAAUUAUGAAUCUGUGGCGGAUAAAUUCGAUAAAAUAGAUCAUUUAAUUGAUCUUCAUGGUCACAUUAUUGGAAUGGGACUUUCCCCCGAUCAUAGAUAUCUUUAUGUAAAUUCGAGGCCGUGGCCGAAAGGUUACGUUAUUACCAAUCCUUUACAACCACCGCCGAUAGCUCAAGAAAUUGAUAUCCAUGUAAUCGACUUGGUAACACUGAAGCAAGUUGGUACAAUGUUAAGGGCACACAAAGCAUACACGCCUAAUAACGAAUGUUUCUUUAUAUUUCUGGAUGUAUGUAAUGAAUACGUAGCAAGUGGUGCGGAAGAUAAACACGGUUACUUAUGGGAUAGACAUUAUGGAAUCUGUUUAGCAAAAUUUCCCCAUAGUGAUGUAGUCAAUUCAGUGGCUUUUAAUCCACGCGAUCCUGAGAUGUUAGUUACAACCAGUGAUGACUAUACAGUUAAAAUAUGGCGAAGUCGGGCUAUGGUAAAGGCUUUAGAUUUAGAUGAAAAGUCUUAUUGUAGGGGGAUGGAAGUGCGAAAGAGACAUAAAUAUCAGAAAUGCGGCACUAAUGUUGACUGAUUAAAAACUAUUAAAUUUCUAAUUUAAACAUUUAUUUUUACAAGAUCUUAGAGAUAUAUUUUACAUUUAAGUUUUAGUGUAUACUAUACAAAAUCGUCCAGAAUACUAUUAUUGCAUAAAAACACAAAUAUGAUAAGAAUAUAUUUUUUGAUUA